CAAGGCACGCACUCCCCCCCCCCCCGUCAAUCCCGGCCUGUGACAACCGGGGCUACAGUCCAUUGAGUCGUUGCACGUUUAGCUACAAACUGCGGCCUCUAUAAAAAGGCCAAGGAAGGCGCAUAGGGCGGAAAUAAGCAUUCCUUGCCGGCACCGGUUGCGAAGCUGACGGAGAUGGCAGCGCUUCCCCCGCCGAACGUAGAUCCAGCAAGCAUUGAGGUAGCCGGUUUCGAGCGGCCUGGCGCACGUACACCGCGGCGCUCUGUCUCUUUUGGGGUAGAGGAUAGCGUAACCGUCAGCGCGAUGCCGAGUGCCGAUGGCGCAUCCGCUGCAGGUAUCGGCGCAGGCGCAGGUGGUGCCAAUGGCGCUGUCCUCAACGACAUGUCCACCUCUUCCUCGGUCGCGUCCAUCCCAGUCUCCGUCUCAGCGGCCGGAUUCAGCGCGCAACCCUCGUCUCACCCGACGCUUUCCGGGCAACCGACGCUGCGCUCAGCGCUCAAGCCGUCCGCGUCACAGUACAAGAAGUUACCGCCCGCAGUGCAGUAUCAACACCCAGACCCGCUCCUGCGCAGGCUCCGGUUGGUCGAUGAGCGCGGCAAGGCGAUCAAUCUGCGCAAGCACUUCGGGAGAGACGUUAAGUGCGUCGGCUUCUACUUCAGCAGCCAGUGGGCAGGGCAGCCGCUCAAAGAGUACCACAAGACCAUCACCAAUUUCUGUCUGCGACAUCCAAACGAGUUCAAAGUGGUCUACGUCAGCGUCGAUGUGGAUGAGCAGUGGUACAAGGCCGGCAUAAAGGGCAAGCCGUGGGUUUCGAUGGUGUGGACCGACGGCUCGUCGCCGGACCCGUCGUCGAGCGAAACACCAUCGAGCGCGACGACAACGGCGACACAAAAGGACCUGGCCGCUAUGCCACACCCUUCCGCUGCGCUGUACAAUGCGGAGAACUUUUUGCUGGCUGGUGAGGCAGAUAUUGACGAGUCGCUCUCGCACUCGGACACGUCCGGCGAGGCGUACUUGCGUCCUUUUUCGCGCGUCCACCUCGCCAGCAAGCUCAACAUCAUCGCCGCGCCGACGCUCUGCGUCUACCACCUUCCCAGCGGCAAGAUGCUCGACUGGAACGUGCGUAUGGCCAAGCUCAACCCUAGCCGCGAGGCGGAUACGUGGGAGAGGUGGCAGAAGGGCGAAAAGGUCGCGUCGGCUGGCGUGAUAGAUGUAGUGGCUCGCCGCCCAUUCACAUUCGUGCUCUUCUUCAUUUCCAUCAUUUACUUCCUCUUCGUGCGCAUCGCCGGUCCCGAGUACAACUACGUUGCCAGGUUCCUGCUGCAGCUUGAUCAGAAAUAUUCGCCCAUACCAUAAAUAGCUGUCGGAAGCACACCGCCAGGCGACGAGUAAUGGCGAUGCCGACUGCGAUUCUGCGGUACCCGGAAAAAGGCUGCAUGGGAAAUCGAUGAGCGAGAUGUUGCGCAGGGAAACGGCAGGGCCAAAUCCUCUAGCCAGCCGAGACUUCUGAUGGAAUACGGCCGAGAUUACGCUCUUUUCCUGUACUAUGUCUUACCGCUGUGAUGAUACGAAGGAACCUCCGCGGGGAUUCGUG